UCCUCUCCGCUGCUUCCUUCCUGGCCUGCCCCUUUGAGCGCACCAGGUUUGGGAUGUGUUAUUGCCGCCUGCCAGGCAGGGAACUGCGUUCGUGUUGCGACUGCUAGAGAUGCUGAGAAGCGGGACAAGGGGACAAACAGAGCGACGCUGUGUGGAGCAGACGAGCACAACGAUUUGCCUUGGAGUUAGCUGAAAGAGCAUCACACCAUGCAGUCAGCACAAGGAAACCAACUGAUAUUACCAUAUACAUUGCAAGAGAUUCUGGGUCGUGAUACUGUGCAAGUAGAGCUGAUACCAGAGAAGAAAGGCUUGUUCCUGAAGCACGUGGAGUAUGAAGUGUCAAGUCAGCGCUUCAAAUCAGCCGUGUACAGAAGAUACAAUGACUUUGUGGUGUUCCAAGAGAUGCUUUUGCAGAAAUACCCAUACCGCACAGUUCCCUCGUUGCCACCAAAAAGGGUGCUUGGAGCUGACCGGGAGUUCAUAGAAGCACGCCGGCGAGCUCUGACGCGGUUUAUCAAUUUGGUAGCCAGACACCCAUCUUUUUGGGAUGAUCUCCUUGUCAAUAUAUUUCUUUCAUACAGUGGCCAGGAUGUACAGAAUAAAAUGCGGGAGUCAGUUCGUGGAGUGGGAGAUGAAUACCUGAUCUGUAAAUUCUCUGCACAGGCUAAAGAUUUCCUCCCAGCGGAUAUCCAGAUCCAAUUUGCUGCCAGCAGAGAACUGAUCAGAAACCUCUUCAACAGCUUUUACAAACUGCGAGAUCGGGCAGAAAGAAUGGCGGCACGGGCUAUAGAUAAUGCUACAGAUCUCCUAAGCUUUGGAAAAGAAUUAAGUGCUUUAGGUUCUGAUGCCACUCCACUUCCUUCUUGGGCUGCUGUCACCCAGAGCACCUGGAGCACUCUGAAGCAGGCACUGAAAGGCUUAUCUGUAGAGUUUGCUCUGCUUGCUGACAAGGCGGCUCAUCAGGGAAAAUUGGAAGAAAUUGACGUGGUAGAGAAAUUAAACCUGUUCUUAGACCUUCUUCAGUCUUACAAAGAUUUGUGUGAGAGGCAUGAGAAAGGAGUAUUGCACAAGCACCAGAAGGCCCUGCACAAGUACAGCCUUAUGAAGAAGCAAAUGAUGAGUGCAACAGUGCAAAGCAAAGAGGCUGAAUCUGUUGAACAACUGGAGUCCCGUAUUGUAGAGCAAGAGAAUGCUAUCAUAGUAAUGGAGCUCAGGAAUUACUUUUCCUUGUAUUGUCUGCACCAAGAAACCCAACUCAUCCAUAUUUACCUGCCCAUGACUUCACACAUACUCGGAGCUUUUGUGAAUUCACAGAUCCAGGGCCACAAAGAGAUGAACCAAGUUUGGAAUGAACUGAAACCAAAACUGAACUGCCUGUUUGUUGGAACCUCCACCCUACCUACUCCACCUCUCUCUCCAGAUGAAAGAAAUUUCUUCCCUCGCUAGAGCAGUCAGUAAUGGCUGGGCAUAUCAUGGGGCAUUGCAAGAAUCUUCUUUAUGCUGGAGGGAAACUGGCUGAUCAUUUUCUGGAACACUUUAAACAGCCGCUAUGGAAUUUACUGAUGGAAUAAAUCAUUUUUUUGCCAUAUUAAAGCCAAAAUAUAUUGCUUUAUAUGCUCAAAAUUACUUGAUACUAAGUAUCAUCAUACAGUCGUGAUGUGAACUUCUCAGUGUAUGCCAUAAAAGCUUGCAUGCCCGGGUUUGCACACAGCAGUUUUUCUCUUUCUUUUUCUUUACAAAAUGCCAGCUCUUGUGCUUUCUGCUGCCUUUUCCUGAUUAUCUGUAUCUUGGCUGCACAAGUGCUUGAGUGCUGUGGGGAUCUGAUUAUCCCUUGUAAACCCUAACUAGGUCAGUUGACAGUAUCUUAUAUCUAGCUGUGGUGUUCCGAGACCUUGGGAAGUAAUCAUUCCAAAAUUUCCCAGGAUCAAUGCAAUACUGUGCAUAGGGGAGCACAGGUCUAAACAUUCCAGCUUUUGUUAUUGCUUUUAUUAUUGCUUGUAAUCAAAUCACUGAUUAGAAGUAUGAGUCUUGAAUUUUUUGUUAAGAAUUUCUUAAUGGCUAAGUUCCCUUAAGUAUUGUGUUUUAUUGAGGUGUAGUUUAGUAAAUUUUUUCUGAGAAAUCGCUGCUAUAACAUUACUGACCUAAAACUUAGUUAUUUACUUAAUUAUGAGGAGUAAUUAUGUUACUAGACUGAGCUACAAUUGCGUAUCUGGCAGUAGUUAUCCAAGUAUUUGUACCAGUACAGUAUUUUCCAUUCUUUUCUCUUUUACAUAGGGCAACACUAGGGGGCCCAUUUACUUACUCACGAACCGGCCGAAUGCGUCCGAUUGCGUUUUUUUCGUAAUGAUCGGUAUUUGGCGAUUUUUUCGGAAAAUUGUUGCGACUUUUUCGUUACCAAUACGAUUUGCGCGAAAAACGCGAGUUUUUCGUAGCCGCCGAAAAAAAAUCGCAAAAAAUACGAAAAAGUCGCAAAAUGUUCGUUUUCCAAUCGGAUUCGAAUUCGUGUCUUAGUAAAUGUGCCCCUAGGACUACACUGAAAUUUGCUUACCAUCACAUGCCUUUAGAUUUACAUACUAACAAUGAUCACAUAGUAUAAAGGCCAUACUGACUCAUAUAUCAGUCUUUGAGGUACCCAGUGUUGUCUGCCUUAUGUCUGGUAGUUUUGUGCAGCUACCUUUUAGGGAAAAUUCCUUUUUUGGUGUCUCAUCAUUGUCCUGUCCAAGUGCAUUACGGAUGGACUGUGGGAAAUUGUGUUGUUCUACCUUCAUGAAUGGUAAAAGCCAAAUGUACGUUUGUAACGUUGGACAGCUCUAAAAACAAAAUACUAGAAAGUAAAAUGUACUGGAUCAAUGGUGUCUCAUAAAAUGUUAUUUUGUCUAUAAACACUAGUUACUUGGCCUGAGUGACUGAAAAUGACCAAUACUAAGCUUGUCAUAAUAUUGUGAUGCUACAUAUAACAAUUCAUGCAGCACCAUUUUAAUUUUGCCCAGCAAAAACACAUUUAACACUGAUAAUGUAAUCAAAUUGAAACAACAGUGCCACCUGGUGGAAAUUUCACCCAACUGGCUACAGUUGUCCAAAAAUGAAUUUAGUGAGAAAAGGAAUGUAUUUUCUUUAACUGCGCCAUGUGUCAUUAGUGUUAGAAGGCUGUUUUUGUCUGUCUGGCUGUUAGACUUCAGAGCAGCAGUUUUGUUUUCCUUAAUCACUGGGCAUGUUUUCUUGCCCUAAUCUGAUAUAUCUUUGGUGUAUUCCUUUAUUUGCUAACAGUAUUGAAAACUGGAACUUCUAAAUGCUAUUGCAGCAUGCAAGACAUUAAUACUAAAUACAUAUAUAAAAACUGA